AUGGAUGUAGUUCUUUAUCCAGCAGGUUAGCUCGUCAGUGUCAAACAUCUUGGUGGCUUCAGUUGUUAAGUUCGAUCUCGUGAUGCGCACGCGCGCCUGUCUGCGGCGUGUUAGCUUGGAAGCUAAGGAGAGGGAUGCCGCUUCCACCGAUUUUCUCUCCGGCACCUGAACGCAGCACGUGCACAGACGGGAGGGAGCAGAGCAGGAUGAAGAGCAGCCAGCUGCUGGUCUGCGUGUGGCACUAACAGGAGGUCCUCGUGAAGCUGACAGACGUCGUUCAAUGCAUCAAACUGAAAACCCUCUGAAAAGCUACAUGGACUGAAAGACAUGGGAACUGAGAAAGUUUAUGAAGCUCCCGUAGACCAACUGAACUCCUCCAACAUAGACCCCCAGAAGAAGUGAACAAUGGACUCCAUCUCUAUGAUGGGCGACAGCAGGAGCCCUUUGUUCCUCACUGCCCCGCCUUCGCACCAUCUCCGACACACACAGGCCUGUUUCCUACCCAACGGUACAAAGAGUGCCGUUGGAAACCCAGAGACUGCCUGUCUGCCCUCCCAGUCUACGGUGGCCAUCUUAGGCUCAGGGGACUUCUCCAAGUGUCUGACCAUCCGUCUGCUGCGCCGCGGCUUCCAUGUGGUGGUGGGCAGCCGCCAUCCCAAACUGGCGGCCCAGUCAUUUCCUCACGUGGUCGAUGUGACACACCAAGAAGACGCGGUGGGGAAGUCCAGCAUCGUGUUCCUGGCGAUCCGACGUGAGCACUACUCGGUCCUGUGGGACCUAAAGCAUCUUCUCGAGGGUAAGAUCGUGGUGGAUGUGAGUAACAACAGGAGGCUGAACCAGUAUCCAGAGUCUAACGCCGAGUACCUGGCUUCACUGCUGCCAGACUCCAUAGCGGUCAAAGGAUUCAACGUCAUCUCAGCCUGGGCAAUGCAGCAGAGCUGCCCCAAAGACGCCAGCACACAGGUGUUUAUCUGCAGUGACUCGGUGGAGGCUCGGCAGCAGAUUAUGGAACUGGCCCGCCAGCUCAACUUCCUGCCGGUGGAUAUGGGCACCUUGUCUUCUUCGCGGGAUAUUGAGAACAUUCCCAUACAGUUAUUUCCUGGCUGGAAGGGCCCCGUCCUUGCUGCCAUAGCCCUCUCCAUCUUCUUCUUUGCUUACUCUUUUGUACGAGAUAUUAUCCACCCGUAUGUGAAAUACAAGCAGAGCGACUUUUAUAAGAUCCCCUUAGAGAUGGUGAACCGGACACUGCCCACUGUAGCCAUCACUCUCUUGGCCCUGGUGUACCUGGCGGGCCAGCUGGCAGCCGCCCACCAGCUCUACUAUGGAACCAAGUACAGGCAUUUCCCGCACUGGCUGGAGGGCUGGCUGCAGAGCCGCAAACAGAUGGGUCUCCUCAGCUUCUUCCUGGCGGCUGUCCAUGUAGUCUACAGCCUCUGUCUGCCCAUGAGGAGGUCUGAGAGGUACCUGCUGCUCAACACGGCCUACCAGCAGGUCCAUGCUAAUGUUGAGAAUGCGUGGAAUGAGGAGGAGGUGUGGAGGGUGGAAAUGUACGUUUCUUUUGGGAUCAUGAGUCUCGGGCUGCUGUCGCUCCUGGCCAUCACCUCCAUUCCCUCUGUCCACAGCACGCUCAACUGGAGGGAGUUCAGCUUUAUACAGUCCACACUAGGCUACGUCGCUCUGCUGAUUGCUACCUUCCAUGGCCUGCUGUUCGGCUGGAAGCGGGCCUUUGAGGAGGAAGCCUAUCGUUUCUAUCUGCCCCCCAGCUUUGUGGUGGCCCUGGCCCUGCCGGUGUGUGUCAUACUGGGGAAGGUGCUGAUGCUGCUCCCCUGUGUGGCCCGGAAGCUCCACCAGAUCCGCCGGGGUCUGGAUAGCAGCCACUACCAGCGCCUGGAGCCAGUGGGCCUGGCUGCCCACGUUUCCCCCGAGAGGGUCACCGUCAUGUGAUCAGCUCCGCUGUAUAUACUGCAUCGUCAUAGCUAGCUGUCCUUAUUGAUCCAAUGGUCCCAUUACUCUUACUUUGUUACUGUGAACAGAUGUUUGUGAAUUGUUUCUUUUAUUAGCUGUUCCUAGAAGUGCAGACCACUACUGUGGCUAUCAAUUUGUCAAGAAAAUAACCCAGAUGAUGUCAUAGCGAUGGCAAGGAGACGACAGAUGUAUUGCAGGACACCCUUAAAGAUGUGUUUACUUAAAGGCUUCUGCUGCACAGAUUUAUGACAUUUAUUUUUCUUCUGAAUCUGUCUCUUGUGAGUCAUGGAUUGCAAUAGUAAACUGCCAUAUUAUACCUUUAAUUAUAUGCAGUAUUUCUGUUCAUGAAUUACAAAGUGCUUUUAUUUUUACAGCUCACAACACUGACACUGGGUAUAGCAAAGAAGAAUAAAUGCAGUCCCUGGAUAUAUUCUCUCCUUGGGGCUUUCUGUUGAGGUCAAAUGUUUUGAGCUAACUGCAGAUUGUGCAGCAUCCCUGUGCUGCUGUGUGUAGGCCACUGAAUACAGUGUGACGUCUGAAUCAA